CUUCCCCAAAAAAAUACCACCACCCCAGGAAUAUAAACCUACUAGUUUAUUUGCAGUUGUCUUGAUCACGGCUAGCGAAUUCUGCUGUAGAGUUUGUUUUGCAUUUUAUGUCGUUAUGAUGUGUUCUUAUUAUGUACACGGAAAAUUCGGACAAAAAAUGUCCUAACAUUCGAUCCGAUGAAAGUUCUCUAUAAACCUUCCCGCCCCGAAAAUAAGAGCCCCAGCCCUUGUGGACAAAUAUCAUCGAGAUUUACGGUUUUCUGAUGCCAGGUUUGUAAUUGAUAUGUGAGGUCGCCAUUUGUUUUAACCCUACCCACUGUGCCUAGAUAACCUCUGACAAAUACACAUUUUCGUUUACUUGAUGGUCGCGUAAAAAGACGCCGCCGUCUUUAAUGGUUCAGUAGCCGAGGCAUGUUGAACAUAUCACUAGUCAUGGCAUCUAGUUGGAAACAGUUUUCAAUUUGACUCGGGACAGGCAAGAGGCGGUCGUUUUGGGUAGAUGUUCUUUGAAAUCCUGCAAGGCUUUUUCUUGCAAAGUGGAAUACCUAACGUAACAAGCGAGAUGGAGGAAGGAGAGAUAAAAAUAAUCACUAGGGAAGGUCAAGUAGCCAUGGAUUUCAGUGGCGAAACAGGAAAAGUCAUCACAGAUAUGAAAGAAAUUCAACAACUUGCUAACACAAGAAACAAAGUGACACUGACUCGCCGCAUUUCAUCUCAGCGCUUCGUCCCUACAGACACAGCUGUUUCAGGACAGCAGUUUGUGAGCGAGCCAUGGUACCACGGGCGAAUUACAAGGGAACGCUCGCUCGAGUUACUAGUGGCUGCUGGAAUAAAGGACGGGCUGUUCCUUGUUCGUGAGAGUAGCAGCGUGGCAGGCGUGUUUGUGCUGACAUUUUGUAUGAAUAGAAAAGUAUAUCACUGUGAACUAGUACAGGACAUUGGUGAAGGAACCCGAUUGUUUUUCAGCCUCGGCAAAGGACCAGCGUUUGAAACGUUGAAUCAGCUCAUUCAUUUUUACCAACAGAAACCAUUAAAUGGCGUCUCUCUUGCCUUGAGAACACCUUGUCCCAAAAAUAGGAUAAACCGCUAACUUCAACAAGUAAUGAGUGGUAGUCAUGUUAAAGGAACAGCAACCGGCGAUAUCAGAGACGGUCUCUGAAGAGGAUACCUUCGGAAAACACGAUAAUUGUCGUAUAUUUUACUCGAUUAGUACUUUUAACAUGGAUAAUGAAUUUCACUUGUGACAUAAAAGAGCUUAAUUUUUUUUUUUUUUUAAAGGAGAGAAUGUUUAUGAUUUAUCCAUAAAAAUCGAAAUGAAAUUAUGACUUUCACGUAUCGUUUACAUUCUGUAGCCUAGAUAAUUUUGAUUAGCCUCUUUCUGUUAGUUUACCAACCCUCUUUCGCUUGAUCCGUCGUGCGUGACGCGAAAGAAAACCGCGAGAGAAAAAAUGGCCGCGCGAACUCCUGGGGGCGAGAAGCACGCGU